AAGCAGCACAUGGAAUCGCAAUUUUAGAAGCUUAAGUUAAGGUCAUGGCAACCCAUCACCUUUUAUGUUUGUCUAAUCCUUUCUCUUCCCCCUCACCAACUCUAAGUACUGCUACUAGAUCAUUUCCCCUCACUAACAACUUCAACCACAAAACAUCUCUUGCCAAUUCCAAACCAUGCCCAUUUAUUUGCUCUCAAAUAACACAUCAUCAUCAUACUCGACGUUCAGCUAAUUACCAACCAAACCUUUGGAAUUUUGAAUUUCUGCAGUCUCUGCAAAAUCACCAUCAGGUGGAAAAAUUGGAAGAGAGAGGAAGAAAGCUGGAGAAGGAAGUGCGAUGCAUGAUGAACAAAGCAGAUGCUGAAGCGCUAAGCUUACUAGAAUUGAUCGAUGAUGUUCAGCGCCUCGGAUUGACCUAUAGGUUUGAGAAAGACAUAAUCAAAGUCCUUGAGAAGAUUGUUUCGUUGGAUGAGAUUGAGAAACACCAAAGUGGCCUUCAUGCUACUGCUCUCACCUUCCGUUUACUUCGACAACAUGGCUUUCAUCAGGUCUCCCAAGAUAUGUUUAAGAGGUUCAAGGACAAGGAGGGAGGAUUCAAUGAUGAACUUAAAGGUGAUGUGCAAGGUUUGUUGAGUCUAUAUGAAGCAUCCUAUCUUGGCUUUGAGGGAGAAUAUCUCUUGGAUGAGGCUAGGGCAUUUUCAAUAACACAUCUCAAUAACAGCCUAAAACAAGGAAUAAACACCAAAUUGGCAGAACAAGUUAGCCAUGCACUCCAACUUCCCCAUCACCGAAGACUGCAUAGACUGGAGGCACGAUGGCAGCUUGACAAAUAUGAACCAAAGGAACCCCACCAUCACUUACUACUCCACCUUGCAAAACUGGAUUUCAAUAUACUGCAAUCCUUGUACCAGAACGAGCUGCGAGAACUGUCAAGGUGGUGGAGGGAGAUGGGGUUGACAAGCAAGUUGGAGUUUGUCCGAGACAGAUUAAUGGAGGUGUAUUUUUGGGCAUUAGGAAUGGCACCUCAUCCUGAAUUCAGUGAAUGUCGUAAAGCUAUCACUAAAAUGUUUGGACUAGUCACCAUUAUCGAUGAUGUUUAUGAUGUGUAUGGUACUUUGGAUGAGCUACAACUCUUCACCGAUGCUGUUGAGAGAUGGGAUGUGAAUGUCGUAAAUACACUUCCAUACUACAUGAAGUUGUGUUAUUUAGCUCUCUAUAACACCGUCAAUGAAACGAGUUAUAGCAUCCUUAAAGAAAAUGGACAUAACAGCCUUUCCUAUUUGGCCAAAUCUUGGUGUGAACUGUGCAAAGCAUUCCUGGAAGAAGCAAAAUGGUCAAAGAAGAAAGUGAUUCCGGCAUUGAAUAGGUACUUAGAAAAUGCAUGGGUGUCCUCCUCAGGCGUGGCUUUGCUUGCUCCUUGCUAUUUCUCAGUGUGCAAAGAAGAAGACAAGAUCUCAGACGAAGCUCUUCAUUCUUUAACUAAUUUCCAUGGCCUUGUGCGUUCCUCGUGCGCCAUCUUCAGGCUCUACAAUGAUCUGGCUACCUCUGCGGCUGAGCUAGAAAGGGAUGAAACAACAAAUUCAAUGACGUGCUACAUGCAUGAGAAUGGUAGUUGUGAGGAGCAAGCACGUGAGGAAUUGAGAAAAAUGAUCGAGGUGGAGUGGAAAAAGAUGAACCAAGAAGGAGUCUUGGAUUGUACACUCCCAACAGCUUUUAAGGAAAUAGCUAUGAACAUGGCUCGAGUUUCCCAUUGCACCUAUCAACAUGGAGAUGGACUUGGAAGACCCGACUACACCACACAAAACAGAAUCAAGUUGCUACUUAUAGACCCUCUUCCAAUCAAUUAACUAUUGCAUUUCUUUCCUUUUCAACAUCAGGUUGGGUUCUAUAAAUAUAUAUAAAUAAGUUGGAUUGUAUAAAUUUAUAUAAAUAAACAACUUGUGUUGCCUAUCCAUUUCAUAGAGUUGGAUUCUAUAAAUUUAAACAA